AUGGAAGAAAGCAUUCCUGACUCUGUACGACAAUGCCUCGAUGAGUUCAACACCAUACGAGAGGCAGAAUUUCCAGGGACCGGUGCGUCUGACCUGAAAGCUACACUUGGGAUUGGCGAGGAAGAAGCUCGCUUCAAGGUCUGGUCUGGAAACAUUGGUGCACACAAUUCGGGACGACGAUCGCUCCAGUACCGUCUUCGAGAUGCGUCCCAUUUGCAAAAGCAAGUAAAGUCUCUUCUCAGCGAGCUUUUAGGGCUCUUGAGGGACGCUUUUCUUAUCUUGUCUGGGGAAAGAAUCCCCUGGGAUCGUGUCGAAGAUGUAGAUACCAUUCCACUGGACAUUGGUUCUGAUUCCGAUUCCGAUUUUGAUCAGAUACCUGACACAGAGAUGGCACAAAUCGCACAGAAUGUUUCAGACGUUAUCAAUUGUCUGUUGCGUCUGAGCGUUGCAAUCAGAAACCCGGCUCCGCACGAUCGUUUCGCAGCAUCUGUUCCCGUCGAAGCGUCGCAUUAUGAACCUUUUGAUAUCCAGCAUGUCAAAGACAAAUUUGGCGAGAUCGAACCAUUCCUCGCUGAUAGAUUGGGAAAGGCUAUAUCGCGGAGGAGACAAUACUUUAAGUAUCGUGAAAGCCAUCAUGCGAAGCUAAAACAGGGCCUCGAUUCUCUGGAACAGAAUGAUGCAGAGAGCACCGUGGCGAGUUCUCUGCCUCUACAAGCAAAAGCCGCCGGCUUUAAUCUCGAAGCGAUAGACGAAGACGGAGCUUCCGAAUCUGGCCUCACACAAACCUCAUUCACAUCUUCCAAGGCUGACACUGAGAAGCUCCGUGUUCCUCCCCUGCCGAGAGAAGCUGAAUAUGGCCCAUUUGAGUGCCCGUUUUGUUAUUUGAUGAUAACAGCCAUUAGUACAAUCGUUUGGAAGCGACACGUGCUUGCCGACCUUCGGCCCUAUAUCUGCCUCUGGGAAGAUUGCACAGCAUCCGGAAUGGAGUUUAUGCGACGGCACGAGUGGACUCUGCAUGAGACGCAGAACCAUCUAAAGACAUACAAUUGCCCAUGCUCCUGUGGGAGGACAUUUUCAGCGAGGUCUAAAUGCCGAAAUCAUGUCCGCAAAGCCCAUCCCGACGCCUUUUCUAGCAGUCAACUGGAUGCCAUGAUAGACCUGAGCGCAAGGCCAAUGAAGGAGGAGGAUAGUGUGUCUUGCCCUUUGUGCAAAGAGACUUUGUCCUCCAUGAAAGAUUAUCGACGCCAUGUUGGCAGACAUCAAGAGCAGCUCGCACUAUUCGCCCUCCCAUCACUACAGACUGAUGAUGAAGCGCAAACUCUGGAACACGAUUCUCGAACGCAUAGUAAUGUUUCAUCCGAAGAUCUGGAUGUUCCUUAUGAAGAAAUCAAAAAGGAAAGGCCUUCAAAGCCACAAUCUACAGAACCACCUAUAUCGAACAAAGCUACCAGCGGUCCAUUGAAGGAGUUGGAUGAUCUGGCUGUUGAGUUCCAGACCAAGUGGUUGCCAUUGUGCUCCGAGUAUAUCCAAUCGCCACCUCGAAAUCGGAAGAAAAAAGAGGACGAUCACCGCAGAUUAUCUGAAAGUAUUAUACAGCAUAUUCUGCUAAAGCUAGAUGGUAUUGAGACUCAAGGAAAUCCCGAUGCUAGAUUUCGAAGAAAGGAACUAGUCCAACAGGUGCAAAGAACGUUAAAGGACAUGGAUGAUGCAAGAGCCACUUAG